AUGGUGGUGCCACUUCCGCGAGACCGGCCGAGCUCGAAACCUCAAAGUGUCCGAGACCAUGGACGAGCAGCAGCCCCUGAAGAAGCGGCUCCGCGAUUGUCAAAGGAAAUGACACUCGGCCGACUCCUCAUGGAGCAUCGUGGGUGCCAAGUCCUGAAGUUCGACAUCAUGGACAGCCUCCAGAGUAUGGUCGAGGAUGGCAAGGCCGUCCCGAUCAAAUAUGAUGGCUUCCGAGUGCAGUGCCUCGAGCUCGGCCGAUGUUCCCGCGAGGCCGCAGCGGACGAGCCAAAUCUUUUGGGACCGUGGUUGGAUGAGUGCACAGCACCUCAGGCUGAGGCCGAGACGCCGGCUAGCAGAGAAGAGGAGCGCCAGCAGUGGCACGACGACUGCAAGACCGGCAUUUGCUGGGCCAGUGCCCUGCUGAUCGUUGCCUUUGAGUGCUAUCUUCACGCCACUUGCGGAAACCCGCGGAGUUUGCAGCACGUCGAGGGUGAUGAGGAGUGCCUCGAAAGAGCCGACCAGAGCUACCUCCUCAGCUACUUGAGCGUUGUCGAGUGCGUUUGCCGCUGUACGACGGCCGUGGUGCUGGUGGAGUUCCUCAACCAGCUCGGUAUUUGCAACUGCGCCUGCUUUACUGCGGCGGCAUCUAAUUCGCAGCAGCCUCUCUGUGGACAAGCACGUGGGCUGCUUCAACAAUCUCUACCUCGAGACUUCAGCCGUAUCGAUCUUUUCCGCUGGAUGUUUCUGCUGAUGACCAUGUAUGUUGGCUUAGCCUCAGAGUCCGAAAAGCCCGCGAACUGGGUGGGAGUUUACGCUCACCUCUGUGACCUCGUAUGCCGCGUUAUCACGACAACAGUCAUCGUGGGUAUUCUCUACGAAGUGCUGCGGGGCUGGGUUGAAGAUCCAGCGAAUCUCUUGCAACGCUGUUUGUGCUGCCGCUACGACUGGGGGGCCGAGGGUCUCGAGGCGUUCGACGACCACGGCCCAUGGGUGCGACAGACAGGCUCUAAAGAAUUGACCGACGCGGAACUGGACCCAUCGUUCUGCGAGAAGUUCGUUACGUUGGUCAAAUGGCUCCUGGCCAUCCUCAUAGCUGUGACCUUCUACAUCCACGAGAACACGAGCUAUGCGUUGCCUUGGAUCUUUCAGACAGGGCUUACACUGCUGAACACGGCUUGCUGGGCCGCCUAUGCCUGGGCCAUCGGACAUGUUCUUCGAUGGAUAUGGGAAGCUGGCGAUCGUCGGGACAAGCUCACAGCGACGCCGAUCCAGGAGUUCGCGGACAGCGUGUCUGCGUCGCUGUCCCCGAAGAGGAGCAAGCAGUCCUCUGGUCACUCUCGUCUUCCUUCAAAGAGUGAAAGCAUUCCAGACGUAGCGGGCCAUGACGGAGGGCCUUUGUCACAGCCGGUCAGAGCAGUACAAACUGCACCUGCUGCGUCCGGACAGACUUUGCCGAAGACCGGUUGGAAGAAGUCUGCAACUCUGACUCUGCCUGGUGCCGUGGCGGCAGCGGCUUAG